AUGUUCCCUCUACCCAUGUUCACCGCCGAACAGGUGGCCCGCGUAUGCGAGAACCUGGAGGAGACCGGCGACAUCGAGCGCCUGGGUCGCUUUCUCUGGUCCCUACCGGCCGGGGAGGCCCUGAACCGCCACGAGUCGGUAAUGCGCGCCCGAGCCCUGGUCGCCUUCCACGGAGGCAACUUCGAGGCGCUCUACCAGAUCUUGCAGAGUCACCGCUUCACGCGGGAGUCCCACGCUAAGCUGCAGGACCUGUGGUUGGACGCGCACUACCGGGAGGCCGAGAGACUUCGGGGACGACCGUUGGGCCCCGUGGAGAAGUACCGCAUUCGCAAGAAGUUCCCUUUGCCCCGAACUAUCUGGGAUGGCGAGCAGAAGACUCACUGCUUUAAGGAGAGGACUCGCAGUUUGCUCAGGGAGUGGUACCUCCAAGAUCCUUACCCCAACCCGUCCAGGAAAAGGCACCUGGCCCAGGCGACGGGACUCACGCCCACCCAAGUGGGCAACUGGUUCAAGAACCGCCGGCAACGAGACCGGGCGGCGUCUGCCAAGAACAGACUGCAACAGGACCCUUCCCUUCUAACCUCGGAUCAGGAGGGCCGCUCCCGCUCGUUGGCGCCCUCGCCCCGCCUCUUGAGGAGUCCCGAGGCUAGCGACUCCAGCACGGGGACCGAGCGCGGAGGGACCGGUGCCUCCACGCCGGAGAUCUCUGUCAGCAGCGAUAGCGAAUUCGAGUCCUGA